ACUUUUAACACUUAAAACUGCUUUGAGCACUUGCCUUAAGACCCACUUUUUUCCGGCUAUCGGGCUAAUAUUGUGCUUGAAUAGCAAUAAUUGGAUUUGUUGGCUUGACCAUAAGCGCAGUAAUCAAGCAUGGCCCAAAAUGGCAGGAGAAGACCAAACAUCCUAAUUACAGGAACACCUGGCACUGGGAAAACAACAACAUCGUCAGCACUAGCAGAGACAACACAACUCCGACACAUAAACAUCGGGGAACUUGUUAAAGACAAAAAAUUGCACGAUGGAUGGGACGAUACUUUAGACUGUUACAUCAUCAAUGAAGACCUCGUAUGUGAUGAGCUUGAGGACAUGAUGGAAGCAGGUGGAAACAUUGUUGAUCAUCAUGGUUGCGAUUUCUUUCCUGAACGUUGGUUCGAUAAGGUGGUGGUUCUUCAAACCGACAAUACUGUCUUGUAUGAUAGAUUAAGUAGAAGGGGUUACACAGGUCAAAAGCUCACCAACAAUAUUGAAUGCGAAAUAUUUCAGAUUUUGCUAGAGGAGGCAAAAGAGAGUUAUUCAGAGAAUAUAGUGGUGGCACUAAGAAGUGAUUCUGUUGAGGAUAUUAGCAAAAAUGUGGAGAUGAUGUCCAAUUGGAUCAAUAGUUGGAACCCAGUCUCAUGAUUGAAAUAUCACAACAGAAUUUCUCAUUGCUUAAUUGUUAUUGUACUCAAAUGAUAGUUCUAUUUUAUAGUGGUUUAGUGAGGUACCCUUUUUUCAUAUAAACAGAUUCUGCAGAAACGCAUCAAUGUUGUCGUCCUUUUUGGAGUAAAAAGUUUUUCAGAAAGGUGGAUGUUUUUCAA